GGUGGAGAUCGUGGCCUGUACUAACAGCGCAAUUUAGAGGGGUAGACAAAAUGUGUGACGGGACAGCUCGUUCGUUAAUUACGACUCUUGUCUGAACAACUUUUACAAUAUGGUAACAGGCGUGCCAAAAACACAUUUCAAGUUUUUUCGAGUGAAAGAUGCUGCGGAGGCAACUAUGAUGAAAGUUCUUCAGCUUCUGCGAGAUCACUGGGCUUUAAGUUUAGUUCCUUUGGGAUUCAUUGUUGGAUGCUACUUGGACAGGAAGAAUGAUGAGGAACUUUCACUCUACAGAAACAAGAGCAAGUUGUUUCAAAGGCCAUUAAAACCUGGAGAAGAAGUCACAUGGAGAUAAUAUCUCAAAUCAAAAUACAUGUUUAUCAUUAAAGUUAACGGUAUAAGACAUAA